UGCUCACAUUAGUCCCGGUUCUGGAUUGAACCGGGACUAAUGGGCUAAACAGGCCUGGACGAAAGCCCUGUUUUCUACUAGUGGACUCACUUGGUGAGAAUGUCAAACGCAAUGACCUUGCUACUAUGGUAACUAUCUAUUUCUUUUCUCAUCUUAGCAUUUAUUUUGUUUGACUUCAUCCUUGACAUUUCUCAUAUAUACAUAAAAGUUAUUAGGGCUAGAGAAAUGGCUGAAACUUGCAGAGCAUAGUCCGGAGUUUAUCAAAGGUAAUAAGUGGCCUGAUCUCAAUGUUACAAAAUGGACGGUUGUAGAGCAAAUUCAGGAGGCAAUACAAACCGAUGGGAGGAUAUGAAACAUUUUCGAAAAAAUUAGCAAUAAUUUUGCUCGAUUCAGAGAUUAAUAAGUUAAAAGGAUGUCCCAUGUACCAUCAACCUCUCAACGAAGAAACUUUAGCUAAUUCCGAUCUUGAGAUCCUGGAUAAUCCAUCUGACGUGGUCGAAGAGAAACGUCUCGCCCCAAACACUAUCAUUCCCACGGACCAACGUGAAAUACUUGCCGGCCUCUCCAACUACAUCGUGUCGAUCAAUGAUGUUGGAUGUUUGGAGAAGGUGUGGGUCCGGAGCUCCACACCCGAUCCAAUGAGCUUAUGUCUUAAGAAACUUCAGUGCAUACUUAACAUGGAGCAGCCCAUGUACAAAAAUUGCUUCAACACCGCCGUGCUUAUGCUGGCAUGUGACGAGGGAGUCUUGUUCACAGACCCUCCUAUACACUACAUGGAUCUACGAUUUUGUUCCAUGCUGCUAGAGUCAACACGAGGUCAGAAGUUUUGUGAGAAGGAAACUAUCCAGACGUUGGAAACAUUAUUUGAUAGCUGGCCUGGGAUGGAGACCGACAUCUCAUCUUGCAAUAAGAUUUAUCUUCCCUAUGCAUCAAUCGGCCGAUACAUCCUGUACAUCAUCGACAGAGAGGCACGUCGUCUAUAUAUUAUGGAACCUAUUCAAUCAUCACAAUCGUCAGAGGAUAAAAACUUGAGGCAUUCACUGAAAUUAAAAAGUUUUUCAAGGGAUUUCAAAGAAGCACUUGAAAUAAAGCUGCCUGGAUGGAAUUCUGUGGCAUCGUUUAUUCCCGGCCGAUGUUCCAACGAGUAUAAUUUGGAUGUAACUUUUCGAGUAGAUGAUUUUUCAUAUAAAAAACUUUUUCAUCCGAGUUAGUAUGCAAAAGUUAUGCCCAUAUUUACA